AUGGACAAACUGACAGAGGACGUGAAACAGCUGAUCUACAUGAACAAGGGAGUUGAGGACCAACUUCAACUGAUCGAUCACCUGCGGCAGCUUGGGGUGGCGUAUCACUUUAAGGAGGAUAUUAAGGAUGCUUUAUGGACUAUAUACGGUUCCAUGGAAGACGUGAACAUGUUGCUGAAGGAUAAUCUUCAAGCCACGGCUCUUAUGUUCAGGCUUCUCAGAGAACAUGGGUUUGCUGUUUCUGAAGGUGUAUUCUACCGAUUUAUGGAUGAGAAGGGAAACUUGAAAGCCAUCCUUCGCCACCAGACUGAAGAAUUGGUGAGCUUGUACGAGGCUUCCCAUCUUGCAAAGGAAGGAGAGCACGUGCUGGAAGAAGCUACGAACUUCACAACUAAACAGCUCAAGAGCCUCAUGGAUGGAUCACUUGAGCCUCAUCUCAGGGAGCACGCACAUCAGGUCUUUGAUAAUUGA